AUGGCUAUCGAGAUCACAGACACAGAUGGGGAGGAUAGAUCGCCUCUGGACGAGAAAAAGGAGGUCCGCAUAGCCGCUCACGAUGCUGUGGAUGAUGCGGCAUUCAUCGAGGGCUCGUCCCGUCCGAAAUCCUCCCUCCAAACUGCCUCGCCAUCGGCUCUGAUGGCUUCAACUCCUCCAUCAUCGGCAAUCUCGAGCUUGCUCAAGAGGAAUCUAACAUGGAGUCUUGCCAGAGCCGCCAACAAGCCCGCGGAAUCGUCCUUCGGACUGCACGGGGAGGGCGGCGGGUCCGUCUUCAAGGAUGACCGUCAACUCGAUGACCCUCGACACUUCGCCCCGAGGGGGGGUAUCGCUGACUCGCCGUAUCCCACCCGACGGUCGACGGGGACGCUCGAAAUGCCCAGUCGGCUCAAGGCACAGCGGAGCCAAAACUUCUACGAUAAGGCGGUUGGCACCGUUAAGGGCAUCAGGGUAUCCGGAGUCACGGCCACUGCCUAG